CGUGGUGACUGCGUUGUCCGAAUUAUGUACUUUCUUCGAAUGCAUUCAUUAUUACUAUACUGUUAAAUAUGAUAUAUUAUAACGGUUGACCUCAAAAAAAAAAAAAAUCUUAUAAAAACAAAGAGCCGUAUCGGAGCGCACACACAUCGAUGUUUCCGUCGCGAUAUCGUGAAUCCUACGAGUCAACACCGAAUACGUAUAGGAAGAAGCGAUUCACCAAUACGAACGCGUGCGCACUUCGUCGAAAUCGAUACUACUUGUAGAGUACUUACUAUAUGGUUACUGUGCUGCGAUGAGUGUUAUUUACGUUGCGAUAAACAUAUACGAUUUUUAGGCUGUAAGUUGGAUGAAUAGGCCUACUCUUAUAAUACUCGACGUGCGUGUAAUAGCACCUUAGGUGUUAUAUUAUAUGUGACGAUCGAUUUAUAGAUCUUCGUUUAGGUAUCGAUAUUAUUAUCGUUGUCAUCGCCGUCGCGGUUAUCUUGUUUUCGCGCUCUUUACAGAUUAAUGUGGUUCCAUACUUCAACGCGUGACGUCCGAAAAAUAAUCGUUAAACUUGUAUACCGGAAUUUCAUUUAUAAAUAGUAUAAUAUCGUAUAUCGUAACGGCGUCGUAUUCCAUUAAUAUAUUACAUUACCUAUCUGUAUAUAUAUAUAUAAUACGUAAUACAUAGGUACUUAUAAUAUCUUCGUUGUUCAUCGUCCAUCGGCCAACAUGUUGAUGCUUUUAAGGAUCGCCGAAAUGCUUAUCCCAAUUAUGAUAUCCAUUUGUAUGAUGGGAUUCAAAAAUAGAAAUAUUGCGGAUUACAUUAAGUUGCUCCAACUACAAAAUCAUGAUUCGCACUGGUUCUUCAAAAUAAUUUUCGUUCAAGUUUCUAUAUAUGUGAGUUUGUUUUUUACCAUGCUUGUCAUAUGUGGACUAAUGAUUAAAGAACAAGUUCCUAAAAAAUUGGUACUCAUUGGUUCAGUCGUACAAAUACUUUUAUGUAUUUCAUCUUCAUUUUUUCUACUGCAUUUUCAUAAAGAUAUGGGCAAGUUUGAACUAAUCCUAUGUUCAUCAGCAUUUGGAUUUAAUGGCUUGCUGUUUACAAUUGAUGCGAUAGUUAUGUUUCAACAAAUUGUAUUUUCUCGUCCUCGAUAAAUUAUAAUCCAUAUAUUAUCUUGUAUAUCAAUUAUUUGUAUACCAUAUUGUUAUCAUAAAUGACAUUUGUUUUCUAUUUAAGUUAACAAUUAUAAGUGGCGCAACUAGGCAGUGAACUAGCACUAAAUCUUAGGUGGGGGCUACAGUCCCUCCUCAAUAUUAUACCAAAGGUAAUACCAAUCAAGAGCUCCAAUCUAUCUUAAAUUAAACACCACAAAUAUAUCAACAUUUACUUUUAGUUAUAGUACCUAUACAAUAAUUGUUAACAUGUUAUUCAAGAUUCAUUUUUUUUAUUAUUAUUUACGGCUGUAAAUUGAUGUAAGAUUUUCUCAGAAUCAAUGUUUAUAUCUUUUUCAAUACUUAUUAGUUAGUAUGGAUAAAUUACUAAAACAAUCUUAAUCUAUUGCAGAUCUUAAGUAGAUAUUUAUUCACCUCACAGCAUAAAAUGCAUGCUCAGAUGCAAAAGAAAUUGGCAAUAUAUUGGCCACUUGAAUCAUCUUGCAUAAGUUUGGAAAAAUUAUUUUGGAUGCAUUUUACUGUAUGAGAUCAAAAUGUAUGGUUUUUUUAUUACAGAAUGAAUUUUAAAAAAGCCAUUUCAUUUUUUAAAUCACAUUUAUUGAUUCAAAUAAAUCCUACAAAUAAAUCGAGAAUUGAAGUGAGCUGUUGGUAGUUAAUUGGUAUGAGUAUGAAGGUGACACUCGUAUAGGUACGUAUUUAUACGAGUACAAUACCAGGAACGUGAGUAGGUACAUAAUGAUAAAAAUAGAAAUAUGUAAUAGUAAAGGUAAAAUAGGACUCUGGUAUAUAUAGGUAUAGCCACAAUUUUUAGAAACCAUGGUUUAAAAUAUACGUAUGUAGGUAUACUGUAUUAUCACAGAAUAGAUUAAUUUAUUAUAUAAGUUGUAAUAAGAUAUUAAGAUUUAAGAUAGCUGAGCGAGGUCAAAAAUAUUUUUAUUAAAUUGAUGUGAACAAAAUAAUUAUUGCAAAAAUGUAUAAAAAAUUUUUUGUUAUGGGGGGCUAUUAGAAGUUUUGGAGGAGGCUAAUCUCCCAAAACAACCCCCCCCCUUAGUUGCGUUUAUGGUUAAAAUGUAAUAACUUUUUUUUUAUUAUAUGUAUAUUUUUAUAUUUAUUAAAAUAAAUAAAGAUUUAUAAAUUUGA